AUGCAGGCUUGCAAAGAGAGUUGCCCUCAAUGUGGCACAGGCUCGCCCAGCUCCUCUGACGUGCACCCCUCGCACAAUCCGGAAUAUAUUGCAAAGAUGGCUGAAGGAAAGGAUACCCUCAGCAAAAUGACCGCCUUCCCGUCAUAUUCACACACGGAGCAAGUCAGCCCGAAUAGCACCACCCUCAGUAGAACUGACACGGCCGUUCUCAUUGGAAAUCUCGCGACGGUAUUGCCUGAAUUGCGUCCACUCGACUCUCCCGCUAGGGCGGCCACUCAGGCAGAACAGAAACUGACAUUUAUCGGUGGAUGCCGCCUGUACCCCAAGGCCAUAGCCUGGUCGUGUGUUUUGUCCUCCACUCUGAUCAUGGAAGGAUUUGAUACCCUGCUUAUUUUUAACUUUUUCACUUUCCCAGCAUUCAAGCAAAAAUACGGAACGCCGACUCCUGGCUCCGGGUAUCAAAUCUCUUCAACGUGGCAAUUUGCUUUAUCAACUGCCGCAGAGGCCGGGGAGAUCGUCGGGCUCCUUGCGAAUGGCUAUCUCGCCGACCAAAUCGGGUAUCGCUGGACUAUCGUCUCUGCAUUGACCUUCCUUAUGUUAAGCAUUUCUUUACCAUUCUUUGCGGUGAACAUUCGGAUGUUGUUAGCAGCACAAAUCGUGUGUGGGAUCCCAUGGGGCGUCUUUCAGACUUUAUCAACCACAUACGCAGCGGAAGUCAUGCCUGUAACGCUACGUGCUUACCUACUCAGCAAUGUCAACCUGUACUGGGUUUUGGGUCAGCUUCUGGCUACAGGAAUAAUGAGGAGAUUUGUCGACAACGCUUCCCAGUGGUCGUAUCGGAUACCCUUUGCACUUCAAUGGGUGAUUUGUUUCCCCAUUUUGAUCGCGGUCAUGUUCGCCCCAGAAUCCCCCUGGUGGCUUACGCGUCACAGACGACAACAUGAUGCCAAAAGGUCGCUGGCGAGAUUGACCAAAAAGUACAAAACCAAUGUCGACCAGACAAUCGCUAUGAUGGAGCAUACUAAUGAAAUUGAAAAGUGUUUGAAAGAAGACGAUGGGGGUAUGUCAUACUUAGACGCCUUCAAGGGGGUUGAUCGCCGACGAACCGAGAUCGCCUGCAUGGUUUGGAUCACACAGCAGGUAUGCGGGACCAGUUUGAUGGGGUGGUCGUCAACAUUCUACCAGCAGGCUGGGUUCAGUGCCGCCAACGCCUUCAACCUCUCGCUUGGCAUCUACGGAAUAGCCAUAAUUGGCGCUGUGAUUUCCUGGUCGCUCCUAGCGCGUUUCGGACGUCGUAGGCUGUAUCUCUGCGGUCUGUCAGCUCUACUAGCUAUUCUAUUGAUUGGCGGCAUUGUCGGCGCUCUUCCAACAUCCCGUGGCCAGCUAUGGACUCUAGGAUCCCUGCUGUUGAUUCUGACAUUUGUAUACGAUAUGACCAUCGGACCCGUGUGCUAUGUUCUGGUCGCGGAAAUCCCAUCGACUCGACUUCGUGUGAAAACAGUUGUUAUGGCUCGAAUAGCCUAUAACUUAGCUGGAAUCCUCAUUAAUUGGAUGACACCGCGUAUGCUAAGCCCCACGGCGUGGAAUUGGAAGGGAAAAUCCUGUUUCUUCUUCGCUGGUACGACAGCGAUGUGCCUUAUCUGGUGUUAUUGGAGACUGCCAGAGACCUUUGGCUUGAGCUAUCUGGAGAUUGACAUCUUGUUCGAAAAGAAAGCGAAGGCCAGCAAGUUCCAUGAGCUUCGGGCCAACCUCGAAAGUUCGGGAUAUUUUAGCAUAGAGAACUCGGCCGGGGAGGCAAGCGCCUGGCGGAGGUAUUAG